GUUUAGGCAUGCUAGUUAGUAACCUUGGGUAAUAUGUGGAUUUGGACCUAACCCUCUGGCUUCAGUGUGGGAACAGCAGCAGGGGGUCGUACCUUCUUUUAACCAGAGCACUGAAGCUUGAGAAGCUUUAGUCAUGUCCUCCACCAGAGCUCUGGAGGCGGUGAACAUUCCGUGGAGGAACAACAACUUCAGCCUGCUGAGUAAAGACGCUCCGUUGUCCGACCAGGGAGACACCAUCAUCGGAGUUUACCUGCUGCUGCUCGGUUGGCUGUCAUGGUUUGGAAACAGUAUAGUGAUCUUUGUCCUGUUAAAGCAGAGGGCGACUCUACAACCCACAGAUUACCUCACCCUUAACCUGGCCAUAUCAGACGCCAGCAUCUCCGUGUUCGGAUACUCCCGCGGCAUCCUGGAGAUCUUCAACGUGUUUCAGGAUAAUGGAUACCUCAUCACCUCAGUGUGGACCUGCCAGGUGGACGGCUUCUUCACUCUCCUUUUUGGCCUGGGUAGCAUUACCACGUUAAGUGCCAUCAGUGUCACUCGUUAUAUAAAGGGAUGUUACCCAAGCAAAGCUCACUGUAUCACAAACACCACUGUAGGCCUGAGUAUCCUGUUUAUAUGGAUUUCAUCUGUAUUCUGGUCUACAGCUCCACUGGUGGGCUGGGGAAGUUACACAGAUCGAGGGUACGGUACCUGUGAGAUCGACUGGGCCAAAGCGAAUUACUCCACCAUCCACAAAUCCUACAUCAUCACCAUCCUGAUCCUUUGUUUCUUUGUUCCUGUGCUGAUCAUGCUGUUCUGCUACGUGUCCAUCAUCAACACUGUGAAGCGAGGCAACGCCAUGUCAGCAGACGGAGACUUGACCGACAGACAGAGAAAGAUUGAGAGAGAUGUCACUGUAGUUUCUAUAGUCGUCUGCACAGCAUUCAUCCUGGCCUGGUCUCCGUAUGCCGUGGUGUCCAUUUGGUCAGCGUGCGGCUUCCACGUACCCAGUUUGACCAGCAUCUUCACCCGGCUCUUCGCCAAGUCCGCAAGCUUCUACAAUCCGCUCAUCUACUUCGGCCUCAGCUCUAAAUUUCGCAAAGAUGUUGCUGUGCUCCUGCCCUGCACCCGACAUCGCAGCGAUGCAGUCAAACUCAAGCGCUACACACACAUGAAGGCCAAAGGAGAGGAGUUUCACAGGUACAGAGCUGAAGAACCAGAUGCGUGUGUUCCUGCUUACCAACUGGCCAUGAAGGAGCCCCAGGCAGGAGGAGAGCCUGUUAACCCCAUGCCCAGCCCUGACUCUGGGGUGUGCAGCCAUCCCCGCACUCCUCCUCCACUCAGCAAGCAGGUGCAUUUCAUUCAGAUACCUCAAACAUCUGAGUCCCUUGAGUACGAGUCUGACAGACUGUAG